GUCCCACUCAUCGCAUUCCCCUGGCGUCUGCCUCAGCUGCUUUCAGUUCCACAGAGAGCCACGCUUCCCACCGCCACCAUGCGUCCCGCCCUGCUGUCUUUGGGUGUCUUCCUCAUGUGUGUGUUGAGUGGCAGCGAAGCCCGAGGCAUCGCUCCGCUUGGGCAGGAUCUUGUUAUGGAGCCAAGAGAUAGUAAACAUGUACCGAGGAAGGCUGACCAAAAGUGUGUUGGACGAUGUGCAGUCGAGAGCUCAAUGGGAUCGUCUUACUACAGCAGCGGAUCCUACAGUUUUGAUGACAGCUCGAUGGGGUCAUCUUACUACGGCAGUAUGGUUUACGACUAUGACAGCUCAAUGGGAUCGUCUUUCUACAGCAGCGGAUCCUAUUCUGGUGACAGCUCAAUGGGAUCGUCUUUCUACAGCAGCGGAUCCUAUUCUGGUGACAGCUCAAUGGGAUCGUCUUACUACAGCAGCGGAUCCUAUUCUGGUGACAGUUCAAUGGGAUCGUCUUACUACGGCAGUAUGGUUUAUGACUAUGACAGCUCCUAUGGAUCUUCUUACUAUGGCAGUGGAUCUUACAGUUACAGCUACGGUGACAGCAUGGGACCAUCUUACUAUGGCAGUGGAUCUUACAGCUAUGGUGACAGCAUGGUAUCAUCUUACUACAGUGGAACUUACAGCUAUGGUGACAGCAUGGUAUCAUCUUACUACAGUGGAACUUACAGCUAUGGUGACAGCAUGGGACCAUCUAACUAUGGCAGUGGAUCUUACAGUUACUACAGCUAUGAUAGCAGCAUGGGAUCGUCUUACUAUGGCAGUGGAUCUUACAGUUAUGGUAGCAGCACGGGGUCAUCUUAUGGUUCUUCUGGCUCGGGAGUCACAGAAGCAACUGAACAGCCUGCCACCACAAUACCCAGUGAAGGGAGUUGCAAGUGUGGUGUCCGUAACGAGAUCACCAGGAUUGUGGGCGGCGUAGAAGCCACCGUGAAUGAGCUACCUUGGCAGGUUGCAUUAGUUCCCAAAAGUAGCAGCAAACCUUUUUGUGGUGCCUCAAUCAUAGCCAGCCAGUGGAUUCUUACAGCUGCACACUGCGUUAACAGAUAUACUGCGAAUCGAGCUAAUGUAGUCAUCGGGGAACAUGACUGGUCAAUUACCGAGGACACACCUGUUACCAAGAUAAAGGCCAUCAAAGAGGUCAUAAUUCAUGAUGGCUACAAUGAUCAGACAAUGAACAAUGACAUUGCGUUGCUGAAGCUUGAAACCCCCAUUGUAUUCCCCACCAACAACAAGGUUGCACCAAUCUGUCUCCCAUCAGCAGGAAAUCUUUUUGAGUCUGUGUCUGCCAUUGUCUCUGGCUGGGGAACCCUCACUUCAGGUGGAUCACAGCCGGAUAUACUUAAUCAUGUGACAGUACAGACAAUGACCAAUGAAGAAUGCAAGAACAAAAAUUACAGCAGCGACGAUAUCACAGACAAUAUGAUCUGCGCUGGCGUAUCACAGGGAGGCAAGGACUCCUGUCAGGGUGAUUCUGGCGGCCCCUUGGUGACGGAUAAUGCAACGAACAGUGAGCUAAUUGGUAUUGUCUCUUGGGGAAGUGGCUGUGCUGCUGAGGGUUACCCAGGUGUCUACACCAGAGUUACCAACUACCUUCCAUGGAUCCAAGAAAAGACAGGAAACAGCUGGUCAACUUGCCAGCCCCUCAGCUGAAAGCCCUGGCUCACACUCUACUCUUCCUCAAGAUAAUAAUCGUUGCUAUGAAUAACUGAUAUCAUAACAAUAAAUGCAGCAUAAAAUA